UGCACGCGGCUAUAGAGCGUUAUGGCUGCUGCGAGUCGGCCCGAAGUCGCCGAGCUGCUGAUCGAGGCCCGGAGGGCUUUCCGGGAGGAGUUCGGUGCCGAGCCGGAGCUGGCUGUCUCGGCGCCGGGCCGCGUCAACCUCAUCGGGGAGCACACGGACUACAACCAGGGCCUGGUGUUGCCCAUGGCACUGGAACUUAAGACUGUGAUGCUGGGCAGCCCGCGGACAGAUGGACUUGUCUCCCUUCUUACCACCUCUGAGGAUGCUGAUGAGCCCAGGAGGCUGCAGUUCCCGCUGCCCACGGCCCAACGGUCACUAGAGCCUGGGACACCCAGUUGGGCCAAUUAUGUCAAGGGGGUGAUUCAGCACUAUCCAGCUGGCCCCCUCCCUGGCUUCAAUGCAGUGGUGGUCAGUUCAGUGCCCCUGGGGGGUGGCCUCUCCAGCUCAGCGUCCCUGGAAGUGGCUACAUACACCUUCCUCCAACAGCUCUGCCCAGACUCAGGGGCAGUAGCUGCCAGGGCCCAGGUGUGUCAGCGGGCCGAGCACAGCUUCGCAGGGGUGCCCUGUGGCAUCAUGGACCAGCUCAUCGCUCUGAUGGGGCAGAAGGGUCACGCGCUGCUCAUUGACUGCAGGUCCCUGGAGACAACCUUGGUGCCGCUGUUGGACCCCAAGCUGGCUGUGCUCAUCACCAACUCCAAUGUCCGACACUCACUGGGCUCCAGUGAGUAUCCGCUGCGGCGGCGCCAGUGUGAGGAGGUGGCCGAGGCACUGGGCAAGAAAAGCCUCCGGGAGGUGCAGCUGGAAGAACUCGAGGCUGGUAAAGAGCUGGUGAGCAAGGAGGGUUUUCGGCGGGCGCGGCAUGUUGUGGGUGAGAUCCGGCGCACUGCCCAGGCUGCGGAUGCCCUGAGCCGUGGGGACUACCGUGCCUUUGGCCGACUCAUGGUGGAGAGUCACAAUUCGCUCAGGGAUGACUACGAGGUAAGCUGCCCUGAGCUGGACCAACUGGUGGAGGCUGCACUGUGUGUACCCGGGGUUUACGGCAGCCGUAUGACUGGGGGCGGCUUUGGUGGCUGCACGGUGACGCUGCUAGAGGCCACAUCGGCAUCCCGCACCAUGCAGCACAUUCAGGAACAGUACAGCGGGACUGCCACCUUCUACCUCUCCCAGGCGGCUGACGGAGCCAUGGUGCUGCCCUUGUGA